AUGGAUCACAGAGGUCUUUAUUGUCCAGGCGAGUUGGACGUGUUGUAUCAAGAUCGAAAUAGAUCAGAGACAACCAUUUGUUACCCAUCGCCCUCACCUGCAAAGCGAGGAUCAUCUUACUACCCGGCUGGCCCAAAGGUCCUUGAAGAGUCCAAUCUCGAUCCAUUCUACCUCGAAGAAUCAUUGGCCGCUACGCCAUCUUGGAAUCCUUACACUUCGGACAUGCGCAAUGAUAGCUUUGAAGACGCAAACCAAUACUACACCCUGUCCUUGAACCACAACAAGGACAUCGGCAACCCACUACAAUAUCCCGGACCAGAUCGCUCCACACUUGCACAGGUCGAGUUGGAGAACAGCUUGCGAUUCCACCGAUACACUUCCUCCACCGAGGAACACAGUCCGCUGCACAGCAGCCAGGUCUCAUUCAGCUCGGUUCAAACAGACAGCACCACUCCCGACUUAACACCAAGCAGCUCAUUCUCUUCUUCCUACGAUUCACCAAGCUGCCCAGACGCCGUGCUCGAGGCCACUCAGCAACUAUACAAACACGCACACGAGGUCCAGCUCGAGCCUCGUCGUCGCUUCUAUCUUCCUGCAUCAACACCACCUACUUACUCUCUUCCCCCCUCCACCUCCUCCGCCGGUGCCCCCUCUCACCGCGGCUGA